UAAUAUGUAUAGCUCCAAUAAAGUUGUUGAAAUGAUGCAAAGUUAUUAAUGGAUCAUAGCGAAUGAGAGCUGACACGAGUUUCCCUCAUCCACACAUAUGCACCUAUAAAUAGCCCUACUCCUCCAUGAGCGAAAGCAUCACCACCACCUCAAGGAGUGAACAAGAGCAGAGUAGGAAAACGAGAUUUGAAGGGAAAAUGGGGAAGAAGAAGAUGAGUAUGAAUGGUAGUAGUCUUGUGAUAUUAAUGGAGAUUGUAGGGCUCCUCUGCCUCUCCUCCAUCCUCUUCUGCGAUGCCUCCCGAGGCACCAUUCGCCUCUAUGAUGGUCGCCCUGGAGGAAAGAGCAACAGCACCGGAAAGCACUUUGUUCUGGUGCAUGGAGCAGCCCACGGAGCUUGGAUUUGGUUUAAGCUCGGGCCCAUGUUGGAGGCCGCCGGCCAUAAGGUCACCACCAUGGACAUGUCGGCGUCUGGCAUCGACAUCCAACCCAUUGAGGCCAUUUGCUCGGCAGACCAGUAUACCCAGCCAUUGCUGAGCUUCUUUGAGACCCUUUCGGACGAGGAGAAGGUGGUGCUCGUCGGAGACAGCAUGGGCGGCAUAAACGCUGCCAUCGCCAUGGACGCCUAUCCAAACAAGAUCGCCGUCACCGUCUUCCUCAAUGCCUUCAUGCCCGACACCACCCACCCACCCUCUUACGUCAUUGAAAUGUACUCCAAGAUUUACAACAAUUGGGAAGACUCUCUCUCUUCCUGGUAUCUCUGCGGCCAGAAAAACUUAUCCACCGUCAAGUUGGGUUCUCACUUCAUCGACACCAACCUCUAUCAACUCGGCUCCAAUGAGGAUCGAGCAUUGGCGAAGAAGCUGUUAAGGCCAGGGUCGUUUUUCGAAGCGGAUUUGAAGGCGCGAAAAUGGUUUACGAACGAGAGCUACGGAUCGAUUCCGAGGACUUUUAUCAUAAGCAAGUAUGACAGAGCAAUUCCGCCGGAGUUCAUGCUGUGGGAGAUUGAGAACUUUGGGGUUGACAAGUACUAUGAAGUUGAAGGUGACCAUUUGCUGGCGGUGACGAACCCGGCGGCGGCGCUUGGACCGCUGCUGGAGGCUGCGGAAGAGUAUGCGUAAUUUUGAAUUUAACUAAGAGCUGCUGGAUCGGCAUGGUAGUGCCGGAACCGGCGCAGGAAUAAUAUAUAUUGUGUGGUUAAAAGAGGAGAAAGUAUCGAUGCUCCCUUGUUUUGUACUGCAUGUGUUUGAUCAUAUCCAGAAUAAAAUGCUUUGUGCUUGCAUAAUUCAGCCCA